AUCUUUGGCUCUCUGCAACCCUGGUCACUGAAACCACUUUCAUUGUCCCUAACCCCCCUGACCUUUUGGUUCACCAGAACAACAAUGGCGACAGUUGUUUACCCUCUCUUUUCCUUUUCAUCACCUAAAUAUCCCUUUCUUUACACCCCUUCUCCUUAACAUUCUCAUCAGAAGCCAAUCAUGACCACACUCCUCCAUUUCUUCUUCUUCUCCUCAUUUGCUCUGUUAAUUUCUUCAAUCUCUGCUCUGAACUCUGACGGAAUCCUUCUUCUCUCUUUCAAAUACUCUGUUCUCUCUGACCCACUUUCAGUUCUUGAUAACUGGAACUAUGAUGAUCUAACUCCAUGUGCAUGGCGAGGUGUCACCUGUGAAGAUUUUUCCGGCUCGGGUACACCUGAGUCUUUAAUGGUCGUCAGUUUGGUUCUUCCCAAUUCUCAUCUUCUUGGUUCCAUUCCUCAGGAUUUGGGAAUGAUUCCGCAUCUUCGUUCUCUUGAUCUCUCUAAUAAUUCAUUAAAUGGGAGUUUACCCCCUUCGAUUUUCAAUUCUUCUGAGCUGGAAACGCUUUCUUUAUCCUCCAAUGUCAUCGCCGGCGAUCUCCCGCAGUUGAUAUCUGGGUUGCAGAGUCUUAAACUGCUUAAUCUCUCCGAUAAUGCAUUCGCCGGAAAGUUACCGGAGAGUCUUGCGUCUUUGAAGAACUUAACAUCGAUUUCUUUGAAGAAUAAUUAUUUCUCCGGGAGUGUUCCUGGUGGGUUUGAUUACGUUGAGGUUUUGGAUCUGUCUUUCAAUUUGUUCAACGAAACUCUUCCUCUUGAUUUUGGUGGAGAGAAAUUGCGUUACCUGAAUCUGUCAAAUAACAAGCUUUCCGGAACAGUAUCAGCUGGGUUUGCCGGAAAAAUUCAAGCAAACGCCACCAUUGACCUCUCAUUCAAUAAUCUCGCCGGAGAAAUUCCGCAGGUGUUGUCUUUAUCCAAGCAGAAAACCGAGUUCUUCGCCGGAAACCUGGAUCUGUGUGGAAAACCACUCAGCAAAAUGUGCACAAUCCCUUCAUCAUUAUCAACCCCACCAAAUAUCACUGCAAAUGGUUCCGCCACCGCAGCAAUUGCAGCUAUUCCCAAAAACAUGGACCCGUCUCCGUCGUCAUCAACCACAACAGGAGCACCGGCUGUGGCGGAUAGCCACGGUGGCUCGAAAGUCAAACCAGUGAAAAUAGCAGCCAUUGUCGCCGGAGAUUUAGCCGGUAUAGGGCUUCUCGCCAUUCUUUUCCUCUACGCUUACAAUUUGCGAAAGAAGAAGAUGAACCAGAACCAAAAUCAAAAUCAAAACCCAAAAACGAAUCCCGAAACCAAAAUCCAAGAGUCCAAGAUUUCAAAGGAUAUUUCAAGUACCAGAGCGUUGUCCUCCAAGACCUGUUCAUGCUUGAAUGGUGUCACCGGAGACGAAACAUCGGAAACAGCGACUGGGUCCGACAGUGAUCACGACAACGAUAACCUGACAAUCGACGUCAAGGGCGGAGAUAAACAAAAGUGUUUGGUGAUUGUAGAUGGCGAGACAGAGCUGGAAAUGGAGACAUUGUUAAAAGCUUCCGCGUACGUAUUGGGUUCAAGCGGGCCCAGUAUAGUGUACAAGGCGGUGUUGGGUGGUGGAAACGGCGGCGGAGGGGUGGCGUUUGCAGUUCGGAGGAUCGGAGAGAGUGGGGUGGAGAGGAUGAGAGAGUUUGAGAACACAGUGAAGAUUAUUAGUAAGUUGCGACACCCAAAUUUGUUAAAGGUACGAGGGUUUUACUGGGGUGAAGAUGAAAAGCUUGUUAUCUACGACUAUGUCUCCAAUGGAAGUUUGGCCGGCGCCGGUUACAGAAAAGUUGGUUCAUCUCCAUGCCAAUCUUUACCUUUUGAGGUCAGACUCAAGAUAGCUAAAGGGAUUGCUAUGGGGUUAGCGUAUAUUCAUGAGAAAAAGCAUGUACAUGGCAACAUUAAACCUAGCAAUAUCCUCUUGACAUUGGAAAUGGAACCGAUCAUUAGUGAUUUCGGAUUAGAGUGGCUUAUAUCAGGCAAACAUAGCCAUAAAACAAAGGGAUCAAACCGACACUUUGGUAGCAAACGCUCAAUAUCGUCACGUGAAGAAAUGAUGAUUAAUCAUGAUUAUCAUCACUCUGCCAGUAGUAGCCCCUACAUGGCUCCGGCUACUGGGUUACUCGGGUGCACAUCUCCUUAUCAUGCACCCGAGUCAAUGAAAAGCCUAAAACCAAACCCUAAAUGGGACGUGUACUCAUUUGGUAUUGUCUUACUAGAGCUCAUAUCGGGGAAGGUGUUCUCAGAAAGGGAGUUGGGAGAGUGGAACGCUAGUUCGUCAGAUAUUGACGAUGAGAACUCAAUCUUGAGGCUAGUAGACAUGUCUAUCAGGACUGAUAAUAAUGGCAGACGCGAUGCGACAUUGACAUGCUUCAAACUAGGGUUCACUUGUGCGUCAUUGGACCCACAAAAGAGACCUUCCAUGAAAGAGGCAUUGCAUGUUGUUGAUGUUUUCAUCCCUAGAGAUCGCAGGACUGGGGAUUUUCGGGGCUUUGCCUUUGUUCGAUAUAAGUAUGCAGAUGAAGCCCAGAAGGCAGUGGACAAGCUUAAUGGAAGAGUUGUUGAUGGUAGAGAGAUAAUGAUUAAAUUUGCCAAGUAUGGACUUGAUGCUGAAUGUGAAUCAUAG